AUGACGGUGGUGACUGUGCCGGAAGUGCCGGCCGAGAUUGCCGAGAUCGCGACGGAGGACACGCAGGUGGUGAACGUUGUGACCCCGAGCGGCGAGCAGCAGCAGGUGGUGAUCGAGGGCGAGCCCGAGCACGGCGAGGUGACCAUCGAGCUGGUCGACGAGCACGGUGAGGUGACGACCGAGGAGGUGAAGGCUGUUGAGACCGACGAGGGCAUCAAGCUUGUGGUGCCGACCGAUGACGGCUACGUGCCGGUUGUGGUGCCGGAGAUCCCGGAGGAGAUCCAGCAGGAGAUCAUUGAGGAGGCCCCGGAGGAGCCGAUUCUCUCGGGAUACUUCCCCGAGCUGUCCGGCGAGAACCCGUUCACUGAGGAGGAGACUCCGGUUGUGCAGACGGUCGAUGUGGUCGCCGACAACGGCGAGCAGCAGCAGGUGAUCCUGGUCGGCGGCAUUGAGGACGGUACCCAGACGAUCGAGGUCCUGAACGACUUCGGCGGCUACACGGAGACCGAGGUGAAGGCCAUUGAGACGCCGGAGGGCGAGAAGCUGGUGGUCCCGGACGCUGAGGGCGACAUGACGGUGGUGACUGUGCCGGAAGUGCCGGCCGAGAUUGCCGAGAUCGCGACGGAGGACACGCAGGUGGUGAACGUUGUGACCCCGAGCGGCGAGCAGCAGCAGGUGGUGAUCGAGGGCGAGCCCGAGCACGGCGAGGUGACCAUCGAGCUGGUCGACGAGCACGGUGAGGUGACGACCGAGGAGGUGAAGGCUGUUGAGACCGACGAGGGCAUCAAGCUUGUGGUGCCGACCGAUGACGGCUACGUGCCGGUUGUGGUGCCGGAGAUCCCGGAGGAGAUCCAGCAGGAGAUCAUUGAGGAGGCCCCGGAGGAGCCGAUUCUCUCGGGAUACUUCCCCGAGCUGUCCGGCGAGAACCCGUUCACUGAGGAGGAGACUCCGGUUGUGCAGACGGUCGAUGUGGUCGCCGACAACGGCGAGCAGCAGCAGGUGAUCCUGGUCGGCGGCAUUGAGGACGGUACCCAGACGAUCGAGGUCCUGAACGACUUCGGCGGCUACACGGAGACCGAGGUGAAGGCCAUUGAGACGCCGGAGGGCGAGAAGCUGGUGGUCCCGGACGCUGAGGGCGACAUGACGGUGGUGACUGUGCCGGAAGUGCCGGCCGAGAUUGCCGAGAUCGCGACGGAGGACACGCAGGUGGUGAACGUUGUGACCCCGAGCGGCGAGCAGCAGCAGGUGGUGAUCGAGGGCGAGCCCGAGCACGGCGAGGUGACCAUCGAGCUGGUCGACGAGCACGGUGAGGUGACGACCGAGGAGGUGAAGGCUGUUGAGACCGACGAGGGCAUCAAGCUUGUGGUGCCGACCGAUGACGGCUACGUGCCGGUUGUGGUGCCGGAGAUCCCGGAGGAGAUCCAGCAGGAGAUCAUUGAGGAGGCCCCGGAGGAGCCCAUGACUGGUCUUGAGGGAUCGAAGUUCAUGACCAAGGACGAGUUCCGUGAGUGGAUCUCCAAGCGCUACCAGGAUAAGAUCUCGGAGAUGAUGGAGCAGGAGCAGCGACUCGAGGAGGAGGAGGCGGCCAAGGCCAGCCGUGUGAAGCAACUCGAGGGCUGCAUUGAACAGGCGGCGAACAAGUUCGGCUACUACGGCGUGUACGAGCAGCCGCCGCACUACCAGAACGCUGUGGACUGGGUCGAGAACGAGUGCUGGGCCAACCAGUGGGAGCCCGAGGCUCCGGCCGAGCACCCGAUGCUGCGCCGCUAAGACGGCAAGCUCGAUCGGUUGGCGGGUGAGGCGGACGACCUGGUGUGAAACGACUGGCUGACAAUGUGUUGAAGACGACGACUGGGUAGGGUGGCGCUUUGCAUGGAUUUGCAUUUCCGUUCUGUGCGCUUGUAGUUAGUGACCUGCACGUGCAUGU